AUGCCGCGAACGACAGAAAAUAUGUUCACAUACAACUACUGCUUGCAAGACACGCAGAUCCGCCUUCUGCGGCUUUUGCCAGGCAGCGACGACCAGGAGUUCAUUGGAUGUCUCCUGGCAGUCGACUUCGACCGCAAUGCAAGCCCUCAGUAUGAAGCACUAUCAUAUACCUGGGGCAAGCCUCUAUUUGAUGCAGCCAUCUUCUUCAAUGAUGAUCAGAGUGAUGGCCUUGCCAGGAAGUUCAAAAUCACGACAGAUCUAGCCGUUGCUCUCAGGCAUCUUCGUCGAGCGGACAAGGAACGAAUUCUAUGGAUCGAUCAGAUCUGCAUCAAUCAGCAUGAUGCCACAGAGAAGUCUACACAAGUCAACAAUAUGAUGGCCGAUAUCUACAGGAGAACGAGUGCCCUCAUCGUCUGGCUCGGCGCCGCAGAUAGUGAAACGGGCAUUGCCUUUGACACUAUCGAGGGAACAUAUCAAAGUCUGCCAAAGGGUCCAGGCCUAUCGUAUCAGGAGCGUAUUGCACUUCGACGAGAGCAUAUGGUGGAGCCAAGCACAGGUGUUUUCAAUGCUAUAGAGUGGCGAGCUGUCUACAAUCUGCUGCGCCGGCCGUGGUUUGAACGCACAUGGAUAGUGCAGGAAGCGUACCUGGCCGAGCUUGAUGGCACAAAGACCACGGUCCUGUGCGGUGGCUAUUACGUUGAUUAG